AUGUUUUCCCGAACGCGUUCUCUCCUUCCUUCUCUAACUUCCCACAAAACCCCAAACUCAUCGUCACUCUUUUCUUCAUCUUCUUCUUCACGACCCCCAAACACAAACCUUAACACAAACAAAAACAACAAAGACAACAUCAUCGUAUCCAGAUUCCACCACAAAGACUGGCUAACCUCAAAACAAGCAACAACCUUAAUCAACUCCUUAACCGACCCUUCCACUUCCCUCACUCUCUUCAACCUCUACUCCUCUCGCAAAGACUACAACCCAACCCAACCCUUCUGCAUUUCCCUCAUCACCAAACUAGCCCAAUCCCAUCACUUCUCCACCAUUGACACCCUCCUCAAAACCCUCCAGCCUCAUCAAAAGCACCGCUUUACAGAAGAUUUCUUCUUCCAUCUCAUCAAACUCUACGCCCAUCAAGCUAACAGAAUUGAUAAAGCCCUUGAAACCCUCUUCAUGAUGCCGAGUUUCGGUUGUUAUCCAACCUCAAAAACAUUCAACUUUGUUCUUAAUCUAUUGGUUAAUAACAAACUACAUGAUGCUGUUUUUAAUCUUUAUUCCUCGGCGUCGAAGCUGGGAUUCGAGAUUGAUGCUUGUUGUCUUAAUAUUAUCAUUAAAGGGUUGUGUAAACAGGGGGAGAUGAAAGCUGCGUUUAAGGUGUUUGAUGAAUUUCCUAAGCUGGGGAUUCAAAGAAAUGAGAGAACUUUUUGUACUUUAAUGCAUGGGUUGUGUGAGAAGGGGAAUGUGGAUGAGGCUUUUGAGUUGUUGGAGGUGAUGAAAAGGGAGAAAAUUUGUGUUGAUGUUAUGGUUUACAAUGUUUUGAUAUGUGGGUUGAGGAGGAAAGGGAGAGUGGAUGAAGCUAAAGAGGUUUUGGAAGAUGGGAUGAUGAGGAAUGGGUGUUAUCCUAAUGAAAGUUCUUAUCAACAUGUUUUGUAUGGGUUGAUUGAGCUGAAGAGAUUUGGGGAGGCUAAGGAGGUUGUUGAGAAGAUGGUUUUGAAGGGGUUUGUUCCUAGUUUUGAUUCGUUUAAAGGUUUGGUUUUUGGGUUUUGUAAAGAGGGAUUGGUUGAGGAAGUUGAGUGGGGUGUUAGGGGUAUGGAUAGGAUGGGUUUUGUUCCUAAGAUGGGGAUGUGGAGACAGAUUGUUAAGUGUGUUGUUGUUAAUAGAGAUGUUGGUGGUUCUUUUGAUAAGAUUUUGGAUGUUGAUUAUGAUUGA